AGAUAGGCUGUCUAAUCUCUUUAUAGAGAGUGUGCCAUCUCAGCAGACAUACCUGCCUACCUCUACAUCCAUCUCAUAUGACUUAGAAGGAACAGCGGCUUUCUCUUUCCAUAUAUUAUGGAUAAUAAGCUGAAAGACACCACUGACAGGUGCUUCAGUGUGUUACACUGAAAUACUUGCAGUUGUUCAUAUUCCGUGCCUUUGGUUGAUCUGUACAUGGAGCUACCUAUACACACCCAAAUCGAAGUUAUACCAUGCAAAAUCUGCGGAGACAAAUCAUCAGGUAUCCACUACGGAGUCAUUACAUGUGAGGGAUGUAAGGGUUUCUUCAGACGGAGUCAGCAGAACAAUGCAUCCUACUCCUGCCCCCGCCAGAGGAACUGCCUCAUCGACAGAACAAACCGCAAUCGCUGCCAACACUGCCGCCUGCAGAAAUGUCUCGCACUAGGAAUGUCCAGAGAUGCGGUAAAGUUUGGCCGCAUGUCCAAGAAGCAACGCGACAGCCUGUAUGCAGAGGUCCAGAAGCACCAGGCACGACUGCAGGAGCAGCGGCAGCAGCAGACAGGCGAAGCAGAAGCUCUGGCACGUGUUUACUCAUCCAGCCUAACCAACGGACUGUCCACCCUUAACCAUGAGAUUGGGGGCACCUAUGCCAAUGGUCAUGUCAUUGAGCUGCCCAAAGGUGGCCAUGGUAAUGGAGGCGGAGUCCCGGGGGGCUACUAUGGGAUGGAUUCCACCCAACCGUCUCCAGACCAGUCAGGGUUGGACAUGUCGGGCAUGAAGCACAUUAAGCAGGAGCCGGUGUACGACCUGACGCCUGUACCCAACCUGUUCAGCUACGGAGGCUACCAGGACAGUCAGCUGGGACCCAAUAACGUCAGCAUGGGAGAGCUAGAUCGUAUUGCUCAGAAUAUCAUCAAGUCCCACUUGGAGACAUGUCAGUACACAACAGAGGAGCUGCAGCAGCUUGCCUGGCAGACACACUCCUAUGAAGAGGUCAAGAUGUACCAGAGCAAGCCCCGGGACGUGCUGUGGCAGCAGUGUGCCAUCCAGAUCACCCAUGCAAUCCAGUACGUGGUGGAGUUCGCCAAGCGCAUCUCAGGGUUCAUGGAACUGUGCCAGAAUGACCAGAUCCUCCUGCUCAAGUCAGGUUGUCUGGAGGUAGUCUUGGUGCGGAUGUGCAGAGCGUUCAACCCUCUCAACAACACUGUGCUCUUUGAGGGGAAGUACGGAGGCAUGCAGAUGUUCAAAGCUCUAGGUUGUGAUGACUUAGUGAGUGCGGUGUUUGACUUUGCCAAGAGUUUGUGUUCACUGCAACUGACAGAGGAGGAGAUUGCUCUGUUCUCAGCAGCUGUACUAAUUUCCACAGAUCGGCCAUGGCUGAUGGAGCCUCGGAAAGUCCAGAAGCUCCAGGAGAAGAUCUACUUUGCUCUGCAGCACAUUAUGCAGAAGAACCACAUGGACGAAGAUGCACUGGCUAAGCUGAUCAGCCGAAUCCCAACAUUGUCAGCCCUGUGCACUCUUCACACCGAGGAGCUCCAGGCCUUCCAGCAGCUCCACCCAGAAACAGUCAACGUCCUCUUCCCUCCGCUCUACAAAGAACUCUUCAAUCCCGACCCCAACUCUGCCAUGGCCAUGCCCAAGUGACUGCCUGUGGUUCAAA